GUCACAUCUUAAACACCAAAACACUCCACAUCAUACUUUUGUAAACAAUUAUCUAGGUAUAAAUAUUCUGCAUUGUUUUAACCGAAAAUCAGUUGCAAUCAAAAUGGCGGUGACCUUAGAAGACUGCAAGAAAAUAAUCCAACGCUACACUAAAGAUGAUUCAACAGCCGUUGCCUUUCAAGUCGUUACACUCAGCGACACACCAGCAGGAUAUUUAGGCGAACACUACCGUCUUUGCAUCACGUACAAAACAUCACAAAACCGGCUACAAAUCGCCAACUUUUUUCUUAAAUGCGUCCCUACUGGAAACCAGAACUUUACCGAUUACGUGCUGGAACUAGGAGUGUUCAGGAAAGAAGCCAAUCUAUACAAACAUCUUCUAAAUGACUUUCAAAAACAUCAUACUGCUCAAAUCGCACCUAAAAGCUACCUCGUCAAUCCGGAAAGUUUUAUCGUCUUGGAGGAUCUCUCAAAGAAAGGAUUUUCAAUGGUAGAUCAAUUAAGCCAUGAAAACAUUGUGCAAUUGAUGAAAACGUUGGCAAGAUUUCAUUCAUCCUCCAUUAUCUUUGAAGAACGCCGAUCAUUUCCAGGAAAGCCCUACAAAUUAAUCGACCAUUUCCCAGAUGAACUAAAAGAGACGACUUUCAGUCCAGUUGAAGGUUCCGCACGGUACAAAUGGGGAAUCUCAACGUCUAAAGCCGUAGCGAACACCAUAUUGAUGCAAAGUCAAUCAUACACUCAAAUUGCUGAAGAUUUCCUGAAAUUUGCACAAACGGAUAUUUUUGAAUACGUUUUCCCAAGCAAGAAGUUUCGCAAUGUGAUUUGCCACGCUGAUUUGUGGAAGAAUAAUGCUCUCUUCAAAAAUACCAGUAAUGGCACUGAUGAGUGUGUUUUAAUUGAUUAUCAAUUGGUUCGGUACACUCCACCAGCACUGGAUGUAAUGACGGCACUGCAUGUGAAUUGUUCAACAAGUUAUCUCAAGGACAACAUGAAAGAGUUAUUAAAUACAUACUAUAAUACCUUUAAGGAUUGUUUACAAAAGCAUGGUGUGUCCAUUGAUGUGGUAUUCAAAGGCAAUGAAUUUCAAGAAAGUAUUGAUCAUUACGAGAUUGCUUCUCUAACAGAAUCCGCCAUGUUUGGUACAAUUAUUUUCAUCGGUAAAGAACUGGGCCAGCAAUUGACCAGUGAUGAAAAUGCUUUCAAUGAAUUCAAUUACACAAACCGAAGUAAAUACAUCAUGAACGAAAUCGCUAAUAAUCCCGCCUUUGAAUCAAGAUAUACUGAUAUUUUAAAUAGAUUAAUAGGUUACUUGUUAAAGCGCAAUGUAAGUAAAAUAUAAUUUAUACCUUUGUUGCUGUCAAACAGUUUGUUACACUGUUGAUAUAAAUCGAAGAAAAUCAAGAUUUGUUAUAAUACCAACAA